AUGAUAGCUAGGUUAGGAAUCCUUGUAGCUGCUUCAGUUGCAGCCUAUACAUUUCAGCAGAAUGUGAAUGGAUCAAAAUCAGAUCGCGGUGAAGCAAGGAUUAGGGAACAUCAAGAUCAGGGCUUAGAACAGAAGCAUUCUAUUUGUUCUUCUAAUGGUGAGAUGGAAGAAGAAGAUCAAGAAGAGGAGAUUGAGUUUCCGUUACUUGCUGGCAAGAUCAGCGAGGCCGUGAAAGACGGAGAUAAGGAAAACGAAAUGGAAAAAACCGGUACUGAAUUAGAACGGUUGCAAAGUGUAGUCAAGGAACUGGAGGAGAGGGAAGCGGGUCUUGAAAGUGUGUUGCUUGAGUAUUAUGGUUUGAAGGAGCAGGUUGUAGACACGGAAGAGUUACAAAGGCAGUUGAGAAUUAAAACUGUAGAAAUAGAUAUGCUUCGUAUGACGAUUAAGUCCUUGCAUGAAGAAAACGAGAAACUUCAAAAAGAGGUCACAAAUGAAGCUUCGGCAAUCAGAGAACUUGAGGCUGCUAGAAACAAGAUCAAGGAGCUGCAAUCGCAGGUACGCGUCGCUGCUAACCAAACAAAAGGCCAGUUGUUGUUGCUUAAACAAAAAGUUUCUGGUCUACAAACAAAAGAAGAAGAGGUUGCGAAAAAAGAUGCUGAGAUCGAAAAGAAACUGAAAAAUGUGAAUGAAUUAGAGAUUGAAGUUGUGGAGCUUAAGAGAAGAAACAAAGAGCUUCAACACGAGAAGAGAGAAUUAAGUGUUAGUCUUAAUGCUGCUGAGUCUAGAAUCGCAGAACACUCCAGUUUGACUGAGAAUGAAAUGGUUACCGAGGCAAAAACUGAAGUUGGUUGGUUAAGGCAUGCAAAUGAAGACCUGCAAAAGCAAGUGGAAGGACUCCAGAUGAAUAGGUUCGGAGAAGUUGAAGAGCUUGUAUACCUUCGUUGGGUCAACGCAUGCUUGAGAUAUGAACUUAGGAAUUACAAGGCACCUAUAGGAAAAUCAUCGGCGUGUGAUCUAAACAACAGUCUCAGUCCAAAAUCACGAGAGAAGACUAAACAGCUAAUGCUAGAAUAUGCUGGAUCAGAGCGCGAGCAAUGUGAAACUGAUCUUGAAAGCAACUUCUCCCAUGGUCCCACUUCACCAGGCAGUGAGGAUCACGGGGACAAUGAAUCUAUCGAUAGUCCUUCUUACAAAUAUAGCAAUCUUUGCAAGAAAUCUAGCUUAAUCCAAAAGUUGAAGAAAUGGAAUAAAUACAAAGAUUAUUCAAGUGCUCUUUCAUCACCAACUAGAUCUCUUUCAAUAGGAUCUCCUUGCAGGGUGACUACGAGCUAUAGGCCAAGGAAUACACUCGAAUCCCUGAUGCUAAGGAGUUCUCAUGACACGGUAGCGAUCACUACUUUCGGGAGGAAGGAACUCGAACCUACUCGUUCUCCUGAAACUCCAUCUCUUCCAAGCUUGAGAAAAGUUUCAUCGAGUGAUGACAUCCUGGAUUCUGUUUCGGCUUCAUUCCAAUUGAUGUCUAAGUCAGUUGACAGGUCUAUGGAUGAAAAAUAUCCUGCGUAUAAAGACCUCCAUAAAUUGGCAUUGGCAAGGGAGAAGCAACUUAAGGAAAAGGCUGAGAGAGCAAGAGUGCAGAAGUUUGGUGACAAUUCAAAUCCUGAUAUGACAGUGGCUGAACACGAGACACCGGUAUCCUUUCAACCAAAACUUUUCCACGUUGAGAUUAGGCCUCCAAGGAUGCCUCGGCCACCUCCUAAACCAUCUGACGGUGCUCCUGUUUCAAAUUCUUACAAUGGAAUACCAUAUGCACGAUCCGUGCCUUCUCCACCUUCGCCGCCGCCACUAGGAAGUCUACCUAAAGGAUCAUUAGGUGAUGAUAAAGUUAAAAGGGCUCCCGAGCUUGUUGAAUUUUAUCAAUCUUUGAUGAAACGGGAAGCAAAGAAGGAUACCUCAUCACUAACUUCUUCGACAAGUAAUGCAUCUGAUGCCAGGAACAACAUGAUUGGAGAAAUUGAGAAUAGAUCAUAUUUCCUCUUAGCUGUGAAAGGUGAUGUAGAAACACAAGGUGAUUUUGUCAUGUCCUUGGCAACUGAAGUUCGAGCAGCCUCGUUUUCUAAGAUUGAAGAUGUAGUUGCUUUUGUGAACUGGCUAGAUGAGGAACUCUCAUUCCUGAUUGAUGAACGAGCUGUUGUCAAGCACUUCAAUUGGCCUGAAAGUAAAGUAGACGCACUACGGGAAGCGUCUUUUGAAUAUCAGGAUAUGAUGAAAUUAGAGAAUCAGGUCUCCACCUUCACCGAUGAUCCUGAACUCCUAUGUGACGAUGCUUUGCACAAAAUGCAUUCAUUGCUUGAAAAAUUAGAGCAAAGUGCAUAUGCGCUCUUACAGACAAGAGAUUUUGCCAUUUCACGGUACAAGGAGUUUGGAGUACCGGUAAAUUGGCUAUUCGAUUCGGGAGUUGUGGGCAAGAUCAAGCUUUCUUCUGUCCAACUGGCAAACAAGUAUAUGAAGCGUAUUCUAUCUGAACUUGUUAAACUAUCUGGACCUGAUACAGAAUCGACUGCGACAAGAGGGUUUUUAAUUCUGCAAGGUGUGCGCUUUGCUUUCCGUGUUCAUCAGUUUGCAGGAGGCUUUGAUAUUGAGAGCAUGAAGACUUUUGAAGAACUAAGAAACAACAUUCAUGCUCAAGCAGAUGAACAUAAUAAUAAAUCAGAAACAAAGACAUAG